ACGCCAUAAGGAAAAGGCCGAAGUCGGGGGCGAGGGCUCGCCGGCAACCUUGGCGCAUGCGCAGGCCGCCUCCCUCGCGACUCUGUCUCUCGCCGCCUCGCUGGACUCUGCCGCGCGACGCCGAGCGGGACUCUGCCGAUUUUCGCCAAAAGCCCUACCAUGUCUGACGCCGAGGACUUCGACGUGCCGGGAGGCGGCACGGAAGCUCUACAGAACGGAAUGUCAAAUGGUAUCUCCAACGGAACUUCGGAGCAUCGUGAACACAAGGAACACAAACACAAGCACAAGGACAAGGACAGGGAGCGUGAAAAGGACAAGGACAGGCACCGGGAUAAGGACAGGCACAAAAGCUCCCACAAGGACAAAGACCGCGACAAGGACAGACACUCUUCGAGUCACAAGAGCUCUCACAGAGAAAAGGACCGUGACAAGGACCGGAGCAAGGACAAGGAGCGCAGCAGUGGGAGCAGCGACAAGGACAAGCACAGGGACAAGGAUAAGGAGAGGAGCGACAAGGAUAAGCAUCGCGACAAGGACAAAGAAAGGAGUGACAAGGAUAAACACAGGGACAAGGACAAGGAGAGGAGCGACAAAGACAAGCACAGGGACAAGGACAAACACCGCGACAAGGACAAGGAGCGCAGCGAUAAGGACCGACACAGGGACAAGGACCGGCACCACGAUGACAAGAAGCACAGCAGCAGCAGCAGUGAGAAGAGAGACCGGGACAAGGACCGGCACUCCUCAAGCCACAAGAGCUCACACAAGGACAAAGAUAGGGAGAAGAGCAGAGACAAGGAUAAACACAGAGAGAGGGAGAAAGAGAGAGAGAAGGUCAAGAUGGAGGCAAGGGAGCACAUCAAGACAGAGGUGGAGGAGCCACCGCCCAUGGAAAUGUCCGUGAAGGAGGAGCCGGUAGAGUCUGAGGAGGAGGACAAACUGGUGAUCAGUGAGCCAGUGAAGGAAGAGCCCAUGGAUGAGGAGGAGGACGAGGUCCCCCUGUCUGCUCGAAAACGUAUCAAGGAAGAGGAUGAAGAUGACGAUGACAAGCCUCUGGCUAUCAGAAAGAAGGUGAAGACAGAACCAAAGGAGAAGAAAAGGAAAAAGGUGAAGGAUGAGGAUGAAGAUGAGGACUUCAAGCCAGAAAAGAAGAAAGUCAAAAAGGAGAAGAAAGAGAAGAAGCCUAAGCCUGGAAAAGUAGCAUUAGUUACUCCAAGGGAAGCUGGUUCACCCACCAAGAAGGCCAAGAAAGAGGAGGAGCCUGUGUGGAAGUGGUGGGAGGAAUCAAAACGAGACGAUGGGUUGAAGUGGACCUUUUUGGAGCACAAGGGCCCCCUUAUUGCUGAUGCCUAUAUUCCCCUUCCUCCCAAUGUGAAGUUCUACUACUGUGGAGAGGCCAUGGAGCUCUCAUCAGAGGCCGAGGAAGUGGCCGGUUUCUACGCCAGGAUGCUUGACCAUGACUACACAUCCAAAGAGGUGUUCAACAGCAACUUCAUGAAGGACUGGAGAAAGGUGAUGACAUCUAAGGAGAGGGAGAUUAUCACUGACCUCAAAAAGUGUGACUUCCGACGAUUGCAUACUCAUUUCGUCCAGCAAAACGAAGAGAGAAAGAACCGUACUAAAGAGGAGAAGAAGGCAUUGAAGGAGAAGAAUGAGCGUCUCAUAGCUGAGUAUGGUUGGUGUAACAUUGAUGGCCAUAGGCAGCGUAUAGGAAACUUUAAGGUGGAGCCUCCAGGUCUGUUCAGAGGACGUGGUGAGCAUCCCAAACAAGGGAUGCUGAAGAGGCGCAUCAUGCCUGAAGAUAUUAUCAUUAACUGCUCAAAGGAUUCUGUGAUACCUAAACCACCAGAAGGUCACAAAUGGAAAGAGGUACGAGCAGAUCCUUCGGUCACAUGGCUGGCAUGUUGGGUGGAAAACAUUCAGGGACAAACAAAGUAUGUUAUGCUCAAUGCUGCUUCUAAGUUGAAAGGUGAGAAGGAUUGGCAAAAAUAUGAGACUGCUCGCAGAUUACACCAAACUGUUGACAAGAUUCGUGAAAACUACAGAGCAGACUUCAAGAGCAAAGAGAUGCGUAUAAGACAGAGAGCUGUAGCCCUGUAUUUCAUUGAUAAGUUAGCCCUUCGUGCGGGUAAUGAGAAGGAUGAAGAUCAAGCUGACACUGUGGGCUGCUGCUCGCUGCGAGUAGAACACAUUACCCUUCAUGAAGAGAAAGAUGGCAAGGAGUAUGUUGUCUCUUUUGACUUCCUUGGUAAAGAUUCCAUUCGUUACCAGAAUGAGGUGCAGGUGGAGAAGAGAGUAUUCAAAAAUUUGCAGCUCUUCAUGGAGAACAAGCAAGAGGGAGACGAUCUCUUUGACAGAUUAAAUACGCAAAUUCUGAACAAGCAUUUGAACGAGUUAAUGGAAGGACUCACUGCCAAGGUCUUCCGUACAUACAAUGCUUCCCGCACCUUGCAAGAGCAACUAGAGUUGUUAACAACUGAUGAUGACCCACUUCCAGCUAAGAUUCUAGCUUACAACAGAGCUAACCGUGCUGUGGCUGUACUGUGUAACCAUCAGCGUGCAGCCCCCAAAACUUUUGACAAAUCCAUGGCCAACUUACAGAAGAAGAUUGAUGACAAGAAAGAGCAAAUUGAGGAAGCUGAGAGGGAGUGCAAGAGCUUGAAGAAGGCAGCCAAAUCUGGCGGCUCUCAGAAGGAGAAGAUGGCCCAUGAGAAGAAGAAGAAGGCAUUGGAACGCUUGAAAGAGCAGCUAGCAAAACUGGAGAUGUCAGCUACAGACAAGGAGGAGAACAAGACCAUUGCUUUAGGCACGUCCAAGCUGAACUAUCUAGACCCUCGAAUUUCAGUGGCCUGGUGCAAGAAAUAUGGCGUUCCCAUUGAGAAGGUCUAUAACAAGACUCAGCGCCAGAAGUUCCAAUGGGCAAUUGACAUGGCAACGGCAGAAUACAACUUCAUGGGUGAACCCAUGGACAUAUCUAGGAGUAAUGACUGUGACGAUGGGGGCGAUGAGGAUUAUGAGUGAACAUUAAGCUUUUAUUACCCAAAAGACUUCCUUUUACAUGACCAAAGACAAGAACAUUUUGUCAUUAUAUCAUUGGUGAGUUGUGCUUCUGAAACAGGCUUUUGCCAUCCUUCUUGGUGAACUAAAUGGAGGUUAGCAAAACCCACUGUAUUUUAAGUUAUUCACUAUAUCUAGUGAGGGGAAUGUGCAAAAGGGAGAGAGAACACGGUUCUUCAGAGUUUUUAUUUUAAUGAGGUUUAACGUGUACCUUGAAUAUUUAUUACCUAAAUUUAAACCGUUUUUAAAAUAUUUGUAAGUAGUUUUGCUAAGCUAAAGUAUUUUGUGUGUGAAUUCAUUUUCUAUUCAUUAGGGUAGAGCCCUCCAAUGCCUCGGCCUCAGAUAUUUGCUAUACAGUAAGGUGAUCUAUUGAAUUGUACAAGUAUGUGCCGCAGAGGGUCGGUGAAGUGGCAGUUAAAUAGUUUCUACACCUCAAUAAGUGCAAAUGUAUGUCUGUGAGAUAGCAUAUCUAAAACCACAUUAUAUUUUGUAUGCCUGUUUUAAAGUUCGCAACUUUAAAAUUUACAUAUGGUAAAGUGCACCGUCAGUAAUUACAAACUAUUUUUUUUUAGUUUGGUAUAUUUAUGAAUUUUUACAGGUUUUAGGUUAUCAAUAUUUUCACGAAUGGACUAACUGUAUUGAGCAGUGUAUAGGUAGAUAUAGGAAAGAAUUUUUUAGUGGGACUAAUUCAUUUCCUGAGCUUGUAGGUAUUUAUUUAUCACACUUUUACAAGCUCCAAUGGCAAGUCACUGCUCACUCAAGGUGCAGAAACUUCUGUUUGAACAAUUUACUUGUAAUUUUUUUUUUUUUACUUUUUUUCUAUUUUUUCUAUUUGCAUCAAGGCUGAGCUGGAAAAAAAAUGCAUACAUGUCAACUACUUCAAUAUUAAGUUAGCUUAAGGCUGUAGCAGGGAGUGGUGGUGGCACGCUGCACACACAGCUGUUGAACGUGCCCAGUCAUGUCUCCCCGUCAGGAUUCGGGUGGCUGUCUUGUAGAAUAGACUUUUGUAGGUUUUUAAGUUAUCUUUGAUGUAACUUUUUGUAGAGUGAAUGUCAUCUGAUGAUUGGAGCACGAGAUUUGACUAUUUAUUACAACCGGUCAUGAUGUAGUGGUAUAGGGAGAUGUUACAGUAAGUAUUAAUUUAGUAUUUACAGCCAAAAAAAGAAAGGAGGGAGGGAGGGAGGGGGCGGGAAUCUGAAUAAAAGUUUGGAAGGGAAAAAGUCAAAAGUGGUGGACAAGAAGCUUGUUGCGGAAGAGCCACUGGGACCACAAGCUUUUUACAGAUCAUACUUCUACAUCUGUAGUAUUUUCUAGAUGAAAAUAAAUAUGUAGACAGUGGAAAGAAAAAAAUAGAAUUUUGAAUUUCACAUACCACAAAUGAUGACAAUUAUUGAAACUAUCCUAUGUAAACAUCAUGGCCUGUGUCUUGCCAACAUAGAAACUCAUUUAUAGAUCUAUCCAGUUCAGCUGGCCAUUCCAUACCAUUAUGUGAUAGUGCACCAUGUAAAUAGGUAUUAUCAUCAAUAAAACGUGAAUCAUCAUGGGAA